UAACACACAUGUUGACAUGUGGAGCGCACACUUCCUGCUCUGGCAGAAAAGGGGAAGGAAGGUACAGGGCCAGGAAGUUUGUAGACAGGCCUGGCCCCGCCCACUGCACAUAAAAGGGCUGUGGGGCAAAUGUAGCCAUUCACAUCUUCCCUUCGCAACUUUGAAUCGGACAUCUGCUUUCUGAUCUCUCAGAGGACUCGGAUGGAUUCUUUACGCGUCUUCUUCUUCUUCUUCAUCAUCUCCACCUGGGGCCUUCUGCCAGGGCCGUGCGCGUGCUUUAACCUGGACACCAGGCGAGCGCAAAUCUUCCGAGGCUGGGAGGAGAGCCACUUCGGCUACACGUUACGACAAUACAGCGCGCAAGGACGACAGUGGCUCCUGGUGGGCGCCCCCCUGGCCUGGACGGACGACCAGCAGACAGGUGACGUCUUCAGGUGUCCCAUGGACGACCAAAGCGCUUUGAACUCGGGCAGCGCCUGCAGCCGCCUGCACCUGGGAAACGUAUCCGUGGACAACGUGCUAGCGCCGCGUAAAAGCGGGAUGAGGUUGGGAAUGACGCUCACCGCUGAUCACAAGGACGGAAGCUUUGUGACGUGCGGCCCGCGCUGGUCUCAUGAGUGCGGGAGCUCCGUGUACACAUCGGGAGUCUGCACUCACGUGGGAGCCGGCUUCCAAACGCUGGAAACUGUCACGCCCGCAUUCCAGAGGUGCGAGACCUUUGUGGACCUGGUGAUGCUGGUGGACGGCUCCAACUCCAUCUACCCAUGGACGGAUGUCACAGACUUCCUGGUCAACAUUCUGCGCAAGGUUAACAUCGGCCCCGGGCAGACGCAGGUUGGUGUGGUGCAGUAUGGCUCCAGGGUGGUUCACGAGUUCCGCCUGGGUGAGCACCAGACAAUGGAUGAGGUCCUGCAGGCGGUCGCUGACAUUAGACAACGAGGAGGGGAGGAGACCCGCACGGCGUUAGCCAUCAACAUGGCCGGGUCACAGGCAUUCAAGCGCGGCGGCCGUCCCGGUGCUCACAAAGUUUUGGUGGUAAUCACAGACGGAGAAUCUCACGACAGUCCUCAGCUCGAUGACGCCGUCACACGCUGCAAACGCGACAACGUCACCAUGUACGCCAUCGCGGUUCUGGGCUACUACAACCGCCGCGGCAUCGACCCGUCGGCAUUCCUGAAGGAGAUCCGCUUCAUCGCCAGCGACCCGGACCAGGAUCACUUCUUCAACGUGACGGACGAGGCGGCGCUCAAGGACAUCGUGGACGCGCUGGGAGAGCGAAUCUUCUCACUUGAAGGAGGCGACGGGCUGGGUCGAGGCUUCGGCCUGCAGAUGGCGCAAGCAGGAUUCUCCUCGCACCUCCUGCAGGACGGCCUUCUGCUGGGCGCGGUGGGCGCGUACGACUGGAACGGCGCUGUGCUCAAGCGCAACUCGCGUGGCGGCGGAAGUCUCCUUCCCGACCUGUCGGCGUACGGUGACCAGUUCCCCGAGGAGCUCCGAAACCACGCCGCCUAUUUCGGGUACUCUCUGGGGUCACUGGUGGGCUGGCACGGCUCGGAGGUGCUGCUUGCGGGAGCGCCCAGGUUCAACCACACCGGCAAGGUUGUCGUCUUCACCUUGGAUCCCCGUGCAAACGUCAAGGUCCUGCAGGCGCUCGUGGGAGAGCAGAUGGGUUCUUACUUUGGCAGCGUGUUGUUGUCAAUGGACGUGGACGGCGACGCGCAGAGUGACCUCUUCCUAGUGGCAGCGCCCAUGUACUGCAGUCACGAUGCGCAUGAGAUGGGAAAAGUUUACGUCUACAAACUUAGCACACGUUCCCAGGCUUUGUUGGCGUUGCACGGGGCGCUGCUUCCGUCACCUUCUCUGGGUUCCCGCUUUGGAAACUGA